GGAAUGGCAUGUUGAGUCGCUUUUAGGAUACCUCGGCUUCUUUUAAAAUCCUGUAAAACGGGAUCUGAUAGGCUGACCAACAAUGACAGGUAAGAACUUUCUGUCUCUCUAGUCCUGUCACAUAGAGGGCCAACGCUGAACAGGACCCAGCAAGGAGGAGAAUCCAGGGACCCCUGUGCCCUUUGAGGUUCGCUUGAGGGCUGCUCUCGCUAGAGGCGCAGCCCUGGCUCUUGGACCAUCCACUGGGGAAGCUUCUGGGGCGCGCGCCAGGAGACUGCCUUGCGCUCCACCUGCCCUGCCCUGUACACAACCCUGGGGCGAGGCAUCGAGGGAGCACCUCAAGUCAAUAUUGGGAUUUUUAAUAAACCGAGGAAUGGGAUUUUAAUUAUUCAGAAACCCAGCUCUUCUGGGUCAGCUGCUGUUGGGACGGUGCUGGUCACACAGUAUUAAACGGACCGGCCGUUGAAAGGACGAGAAAAGCGUCCGAGACAUCUUUUGCAAUUACGAACGAACCAGACUGGGUAGCACAGGGCAUUGAUUGCUGGUGCCCAUCCGGACCCUCCUCCUCUCUCCCUGGUCCUCCCCCUCACCCCACCGGAGGCAGGCUCCCGCGGCUCGGCCAGGACCUAGCGUCCUUGCAUCGUGGCCUGGACUGCAUAUUUCAUGAGCCCGGGGUGAACAGGUGCGAAGUGCGCUGGGAGCAUCCGGCCCACGACAUCACGGGGGGAACAUGGAGAGCGAGCGCGACAUGUACCGCCAGUUCCAAGACUGGUGCCUUAGGACUUACGGGGACUCAGGCAAGACCAAGACGGUGACCCGAAAGAAAUACGAGAGGAUCGUCCAGCUCCUCAACGGCUCCGAGUCAAGCUCUACCGAUAAUGCCAAAUUUAAAUUCUGGGUCAAAUCGAAGGGUUUCCAGCUGGGCCAGCCGGAUGAGGUCCGCGGGGGAGGCGGCGGUGCCAAGCAAGUGCUCUUCGUGCGGGUCAAGACCACGGAUGGUGUUGGAGUUGAUGAGAAGCUGUCAUUAAGGAGAGUGGCUGUGGUUGAAGAUUUCUUUGACAUCAUCUAUUCCAUGCAUGUUGAAACAGGGCCGAAUGGAGAACAAAUUCGGAAACACGCUGGGCAGAAGAGGACUUACAAAGCAAUUUCAGAGAGCUACGCCUUCCUACCAAGAGAAGCAGUUACACGGUUUCUAAUGAGCUGUUCCGAGUGCCAGAAAAGAAUGCACUUGAACCCAGAUGGAACUGAUCACAAAGAUAAUGGCAAGCCUCCUACAUUGGUGACCAGCAUGAUUGACUACAAUAUGCCAAUCACGAUGGCAUACAUGAAGCACAUGAAACUGCAGUUGCUAAACUCACAGCAAGAUGAGGAUGAAAGUUCGAUAGAAAGUGAUGAGUUUGAUAUGAGUGAUUCAACACGGAUGUCAGCUGUGAACUCUGACCUCAGCUCAAAUCUGGAAGAAAGAAUGCAAAGUCCCCAGACUCUCCAUGGCCAGCCAGACGAUGACUCUGCUGCAGAGAGCUUUAAUGGCAAUGAGACUCUGGGGCACAGCUCAGUUGCUUCAGGAGGAGCUCAUGGCAGGGAGACUGGGGAUUCCAGCAAUGAUGGAAAAACUGGGUUGGAGCAAGAAGAGCAGCCACUGAACCUGAGCGACAGCCCCCUUUCUGGGCAGCUGACUGCAGAAUAUAGGAUAGAUGACCAAGGCAGCAAUGGGAAAAGCAAGUACAAGAACCUUCUGAUCUCUGACCUCAAGAUGGAACAAGAAGCAAGAGAAAACGGAAGCAAGUCUCCAGCACACAGCUAUUCCAGCUAUGACUCUGGCAAGAACGAGAGUGUUGACCGGGGUGCAGAGGAUCUGUCACUCAACCGGGGAGAUGAGGAUGAAGAUGACCAUGAAGAACAUGAGGAUUCUGAGAAGGUGAACGAGACAGAUGGCGUGGAAGCCGAGAGGCUGAAAGCGUUCAAUAUGUUUGUCAGGCUGUUUGUAGAUGAAAACUUGGACCGAAUGGUCCCAAUCUCUAAGCAGCCCAAAGAAAAGAUCCAGGCUAUCAUUGACUCAUGCAGGCGACAAUUCCCUGAGUACCAAGAGCGUGCCAGAAAACGUAUCCGUACUUACCUCAAGUCCUGCAGGCGGAUGAAAAGAAGUGGUUUUGAGAUGUCUCGACCUAUUCCUUCCCACCUUACUUCAGCAGUUGCAGAGAGUAUCUUGGCUUCAGCCUGUGAAAGCGAGAGUAGAAAUGCUGCCAAGAGGAUGCGCCUGGAGAGAGCACAGGAUGAAGCUACUUCUGCUGACAAACAGUGCAAGCCCGAGGCAGCCCAGGCCACCUACUCAACAUCUACUGUCCCAGGCUCACAGGAGGUAUUGUACAUCAAUGGCAAUGGGACCUACAGUUACCACAGUUACCGAGGGCUAGGAGGAGGACUGUUAAACCUGAAUGACACUUCUAGUAGUGGACCCACGGAUCUCAGCAUGAAGAGGCAGCUGGCAACUGGCUCAGGAUCCUCUAGCAGUUCAAACUCCAGACCUCAGCUGAGUCCAACGGAAAUCAACGCUGUGAGACAGCUAGUCGCGGGGUAUAGAGAAUCGGCUGCCUUUUUAUUGCGUUCUGCAGAUGAACUGGAAAAUCUCAUUUUACAACAGAACUGAGGCCAAGGAUGUCAUAUUCACGGAGUUCUAAAUUUUCAGUUUCCACUAAUGACACUUGAUUUCCCAGCAGAGACACUCCUGGUCUUGCUGCACAACCUUUUAAGAGAAAUACUUCCACCAUGCCACCGUCG